CAGGACACAGCCCUGCGAUUCACUGCUAAGAAGAACUCCAGCUCUGCAUACUUAAACAGCCACUGAGAGACCUCCUUCACCAGGCAAUGAAUCCUUUAAAAAUUGCAUCAUUGUUCAGCGACACUGCUGAGGAAAUAUCCCGGUUCAUAACCACAAACAGAAAUGUCAGCAUUCAAAUCACCAAUAACAGCAAAAAGUUCAUCCUAACAAAUCCAAGGACCUACACCUCCAGUGGACAAUGUCACCAUCCUCCACAACCUACCAUCAAAAAGGAUUCCCAAGAAGUGUGCUCCUUCUCCAAAACCACAAAUGUACCCCGUGGUUCUGUUGGAAUCUUGAUGUACCAAAUCAUCCAGGAAGAAACAAGCCAUGUUGGUGAACUGGUCAUCUUGUUCUCUGUGCCUUUUGACCGUAACUUAUACAAAAACAAAUUUUAUCUUGGCAUUUUUGAACGAAACACAAACUGUGAUAAAGCACAGUACAAGAAGAUAAAGAAAAAUAAAACUACUGAUCCAAUUACUAGAGGAAAAGGUACAGGGAGUGUCAUAACACGUUCUGGAAAAGGAGCUCUGGUGAAGGGAACAAUGUCUGCCUUUGGUCAAUCGCUUAUUAAGAUUGAAUUGUGGGAUGAGUAACUAAAACUGAAGAAGCAAAAUGACCCAGGUCA